UAGGAGGUUUUAAUUGACUGAAUUUGCCAAAAUGAAGUCAUCUGGAAAAAGCAGUUAUUUGAUUACGCCAUUUGGUGACAGAAUCAGCCAGAAGGCCACUGUAUACCCAACAACGAUAAAGGUCCUACGACGUGACCAGGUACAAGUUCGGUCAACCAUGCCACGGGCCCUUAGGACCUAAAUCUGUUAAAAGAUGGACACUUUACGUGCAAGUUUUUGAGGGUGGACUGCUUGAAAAUAACUGUCACUUGACUGGAUUUAACAAAGAAGUGAACAGAGAAAAGUAUUAUUUUGUAAAAAUAGAGCUGAGUUUAACUUGGGAGUUGGCAGGUCUGAGUUUGACAUGAAAGACUAGACUUCUUGUGACAAGUUGAAAUUCUCACUCCAAGCUGCGGAAUAAAUGGUUGCAAUGACGAAUCGUAGCUAUUCCAGCUCAGAUCUGGGUGUGUCGGAUAGAGACUUCUCCCCUCGUCUACAUCACCUUUAUUCCCCACUCUCAAACUACUCCAAUAUUUCCCAUGAUGCCUCAUACUCGGGAAGUCACAAUGGUGGAUUCCACGAUCUCUCAGUCUCGGAGCAUGAAUUUGCUUCACCAAGACACGACGCCAUUUCUAUAGGACAACCUGAUCAUAAAUCUAGUGACUAUGAUGACUAUUCUCAUAUUCACUUUCCGAGUAGAAAAGCCAGGGGUGGUGCUCCGGAUCCACCCCUCAGAACAAGUAGUGUGAUGUCCUUCAACUCUGACUACAUGCAAAGGUCAUACCCUUGCAACAACCAGCAGUAUUAUAGCCAUCGCAGCAAUAGUAAUCAGCACAAUUAUAGCCAAACCAGAAGGAAGACCUGGACUCCUUCUCAAAUAAAGAAAGAAAUGACAGGAGGACUUCAUGGGAAUCUGACCCAUGGUCAUCUGCUGCCUGAAGGUCACGAGGUCAGAAGGUCGGAGGACAACGAGGUUGGACCCCCAAAGCUGGCUCCUUUCAGUGGAAUGCUAUCAAAAUCUCCUGCAAAGGGCAUAAUUCGACCAAUCGCCUUCAAGCCAGUGGUCAUCUCCAAUCACAACUAUGUAAAUACUCGUCACUUUGACCACAAGACUCCGCAACAGGACGAUGGCUAUUACGGGUCACAGGACUACCCGAUGACCAAUCAGAAUGUAGCAGACAUGUCACAUGGGUCUCUGCAUUUUGAUAGUGAUAGGUCAACAAACUACUCUAGUGAUAGUCAAAAACUGUACACCCCUGAGAGACCUGAAUCCACCCGUUCCUCCUGCAUUAGUCAUGCCUCUUCACUGAGGAUGGAGGGAUACAUACAGACCCCCUCACCCAGUGAUUCGGGGGUGGGGGAACUUGAAGCCAUGCUGAAAGAAAAAGAUGCCGAGAUCAAUACGCUGAGGGAUGUCAUGGAUAAAAAUGAACGUGCCAUAUUCCAGGUCUAUGAAGAGAAAAAGAAUUCAUGGAGUCAGGAAAUAAAAGAGGUGAGGGAUGAAUACGAGAAGAAAUUAAAACUAGAACAAAGGAAAGCCUACAAAACAGAACAAACUCUUUCUCUUCAAGUUUACAAAUUACAACAGGAAAAAAAGACAUUGAAUGAGAAGAUGGAAGAAAUGCAUGCACAAUACAAAAAACUACAGCAAAGAUGCGACUCUUACGAAAAAGAGAAUGAUAGUUUACGAUCGGAGGUGGUCAAUGUUUCGCUACAAGGGGACAGAACUGCUGAAGAUAUGGAAGAUCUUCAACACCAGGUGGAAAUUCUCAACCAAAGCCUGUCGGAAAAAUCCAUAGAAAUUUCUGAGCUGGAGUCAAAAUUGUGUCAAAUUGAGUCAGAAAAUCAAAAGAAAGACUACGAAUUAAGUGAACGAUUUAGAGAAAUUGUGGCCAAAACAGACGAAUUGAAAUCCUUACGUGCUAACCUCCGCCGUGUGUCCAAUAAUAAUGUGAUGGAUAUACUUGACUGUAGCUUUAAUCAAAGUGGGGAGGAGUUCUCUGCCCCUGAGGAGAGGACUUCUCCCUUAACCAGCAGUAGGCUGACCUCCCCAGUGAAUCACAGACUACCAAACGCCUCCCCCCUUAAUCUCAGCAACAAAUCCACGUCCUCUCUGAGCAGUGAAUCAGACAAGGACAAGACAAUUUCACAUCUCCAGAAAGAGCUGGAGGAAUUAAAAGAAGGACUAAUGGGGAAAAACGAGUUGUUUGAGAAGGAAAAAGAACAGUGGUUAGAUGAGAAAAAUAAAGUGAUUCGUUAUCAAAAACAACUGCAGCUGAACUAUGUGCAAAUGUACAAUAAGAACAAAAUGCUUGAAGCCGAAGUUGAACAACUGACUUUGGAGCUGGAAAGUCGUGACAUGAAGCUCAUGGCAAUAAACGGGGAAGAGUCAAUGUGUUAAUGGUGGGAAAUUCUACAAUUGUUUACAACUGACUUGUGAAAAUUUGACGUAUUUCUCAGUUUCGUAGAAAGGUUCACCGAGAAGAAAAAAAAUGUGUUCCAUUUGUAAUGUGCUAGCCCUUUAUUUAGUACUGCCAUAUUGAACGUUACAGUACCAUGGCGUCUACAAAAUCAAUUGCAUUAGACCAUUUUGUGAUAGGAUAAUGUUCUUGAAGUGUGCAUCAAUUUUCUCUGCAGACAGAAUUGAGUCACGCUGAUUUUGGAAACUUUCCAGAAUGUCAAGAGAUUAUGAGAAAAGCUAUCAUUAAUUAAUGUUUGCCAGCUUCUUUCAAAGUCGUGCUGACAAGUAGUUAUUUAUGUCACAAUGUAAUGUGUACUACAUAUUUUUUCUACAAAUCUGUGGUCUGGGCAAAAAAUAAAGUGAAAUCCUUGAUCUGUAAGAUAAAAAGCUCAAGGCUAAUUUUUACCAAAAAAAGAUUUGGUAAAGUGAUAUAUGGUUAUUUAAUUCAUAAGUUAGAUAUGACUCAACUAUACACAGGAGAAAGUGUGCCAAAAAGAGUAUAACAAACAAAGAAAAGAAAUCCAUCUAUUUCGUCUAAACAAAGACUUCAAUUGCAUAAGACAGUCUUGUUUUCUUCUCUUUUAUAAACCCUAUGUUUUCUUGUUACGCAAAAAACUGAAACUUAGUAAGAGUUAAAAUUAGCUAAGUGUGCUGAUGCAAGACAUUAAAGCCUUUAUUUACAUAUGUCUAAUCUUUAUAUUUGAAUAUAUGUCAAAUAUAGAGGGAUGAGUCUGGUUUUUCCUAAUCAAAAUAAUGAGUUGAAGUAAUGUAUUCCUUAUACAAACUUAAACAAACAUUACCCCCCUCUCAUCCACAAUAGAAUGUCUACAGUGGGUAAAUAUUUUCUUAAUAGCAAUAUUUUUUUUCCAGAUGUAUCAAAAUAUGUUUUAUCUACAAAGAGAUACAUUUUUUAAACAUAUGAACUCCAUUGUAAUUUUAUUUGAGAUGACUGUAUUAAAAUGUAUAUGGAGGUAUCUCCAAACCAAAAAGGUUAGGGAGGUCUUCUAUCUAGUCAUUUAUUUCUUUGUUGUUACAUGUACAGAAAUACUGUCAUAUUAAAGCAAAAAUUAAUAUAA